ACACAUCAGGCAAAACAUCGAAUAUAUAGAGAAUCUUGCCACUAAACUUAAUAUCACAGACCACUUAGAACAAACCUUUCAAUUCAAGAUUAGGAAAGCAUAUGAGAAAAUGAAUAGUUUUUACCCUAGAAGACACAAAAGAGGACUUGUAAACGCUCUAGGAAAAGUAGUUAAAUUCGUAGCCGGUAACCCGGAUCAGGACGAUUUAGAUUUAAUCAACCAAAACUUUGAAAUUCAGGAUCAAGUCAACAACAAAAUUAUAGAAAACCAAGCGAAACAAAUCAGAAUAAAUAACUUGCUUCAAUCAACAGUUAACAAGGUUUCCAAAACACUAAGGUCAAUUUCUAUCAAAAUAGAUGAAGAUAAUUCAAGAGUUAGCAGAGAUUUAGAACAGAUCAACCUUAUUUUAAAUCUAGAUAUUUUGAUUAAGACAUUAGAAGAUCUGGAGGAACAGUUAGUUUUUUCGAAAUCCAAUCACUUGAACAAAAACAUUCUUAGUCCAAAAGAUAAAGAGUAUAUUUGGAAGUUCUUAGAAAAUCAACAAAUCAACAUGAAAUUCGAAGACGAAAUGUAUAGGCUUGUUUUAUCGAUCGCCUCUUUACAAAACAACCAUAUAAUCAUAAUCAUCAAAAUUCCUAUCAUCGAGCAGAAGCAGUACAGACUGAUGCAACUGGAACCCAUCAACACAAACGGAACACGAAUCGAUACAAACAUCCGCUAUGUGGCCUAUCAUCAACACACAUUUUACGAGCAGAAGGAAAAGUGCUUCAUCUGCGACAAUACUAAUCCAGUAAACGACGAUUGCGUAUUCAACAUACUCACUAACCGGAAAGCCAAAUGUUCAACAUACAAUCAACCGGAGCAACCAAUCAUCAAAGAAAUCAGCCUGGGAACCAUACUGAUCGACACAGACACAACAAUAUACAUAGAAGAUUCAUGCGGUGAUUCACGUCUAGUAUCAACACCAACAAUCAUCGAAACAGCAAUUCAGGUUCGGCGAACGGAAAAUUAACAGACAAAACGGUUAAUCAACAAAAGGACAACCCAUCUAGUUUGGCCAACCUAUUCUUUCCGGCCAAAUUCACAUUCACCGAUGACUCUUUGAGGUCAACCGAGGACGCCUGACACUUAGGGGGGAGACGUUAUGUCGGUUCCGGUCACCAUCCAACGCCAACACAUUCACCUGGCCAUAGCAACAGCGAACACCCAGAACCAGCCCAUAGCAAGCGCGGAGCCGUAAACGAUGAGCCACGCAAAAUUCCACAAGCCGUGGGAACAAAGGUUGCAUCGGAAUCACGCCACCCGGAGGAUUGCGGAAUCAGCAGAUUUAAUUAAUAAAAGUGAUCGAUAAACGAGUGACAAGUUCAGUUUUUAGUGUGACAUUGUAGAAUUCAGUUUAAUUUAGUGAAUAAAUUAUUUUUUUAUAAAGUCUCGG